AUGGGAAUUUUGUCAAAAUUCAAUAGAAUUUUGAAUAAUCAUCCCAUGAUGACUCAAAUGAUAGUUUCUGGAGGAAUCGUCGCAACUGGAGAUAUUAUUGCACAAUAUAUAGAAGAAAAACAAAAAUGGGACAAAAUUCGAACUUUUCGAUUCGCUACUCUUGUUGGAUGUUGUAUUGUUCCAUUUCAAAGUGCUUGGUAUAGAUAUUUACAAUGUGUUCAACACUCUAAUUUACAUUUGAAAGUUGCGAAACGACUAGCCUAUGAUCAACUUGUGUUCAGUCCACUACUCAAUAUUCUAAUUUUGACUGGUUUGCCAUUAGCAGAAGGAUAUUCGUGGAAACGAUCAAUUGAAAUUAUGAAAGAGGAGUGGCUCGAUAUUUUUAUAGAUAGUUUGAAACUUUGGCCAGCUGUUCAGAUUAUUAAUUUCUACUUCGUACCCUUGAAUUAUAGGGUCUUGCUUAUUCAAUUUGUUGGACUAGUCUGGAGCACAUAUUUAUCAUUGAAGACUUCUAGAAAACUGCAAUGA